CGAGAAGUGUGACAGCAGGAUAAUGUUUUUUUGCAGCAGAUAAAUAAAAAAACGACAAAUUGUUUGCAUUUCGGGCAUGCAAACUUAUUCCUGUCUCCGGCUGUGGUGUGCUGCUGAUGUUCUGUGCAAUGUUUUCUUGAGUGACACAUCGUAGAAAGUUUCGGAACGGUUUAAACAACUUUUUUAAGGUUGAACUUGCCAACACAAGAUUUCUGUAUUUUUUUUACUUCCAACCCAACAAAAAGAAAACAUGGCCAGCGCCAGUGAUGAUGACGACGUAGACAUGGUAGAUUUAGAACUAGAAGAAAAAACGACUGAGACUAGGACAGACCUAAAACUCCUCUUAGAUUGUCUCCAAUGUCAUGAGAAUGAUGUUGAAGUACAGAGGGACACUCUGUUCACCAUUGCUAAUAUGUGUUCUGGAUCAGAGGAGGCACAGGAGAUUUGUAGAGAGACGGGAGCCAUAAACUUUGUCUUGGACCUGCUUACAACAGGAAAAGAUGCAGUGAAGAUUGCUGCUAUGUAUAUGCUUGGAUGCGCUUGUGAGAAAAAUGUAUUCUCUCAAAAGAGACUCUGUACAAAAGCAGUAUUCAAGUUUCUUUACUGCCAGUUAAGCUCCACCGAUAGCAGUAACAACUUGAAGAGAGUGGCAGCUUAUCUCGUUCUCUGUCUGGUGACUAACAAUGGUGAAGGACAAAAUCUCGCAAGGACAACAAAGUGUUUGCAUACAAUCUUAACACUGUUUCGGAUGUUUCAUCCCUCAGCUGAUUCUACAAGAUUACCAGGUCAGAUGGGUCAGAUGAAGACUCAGACCAAAGAUGAUCAGCUUGAACUGUGGACCUGUGUCACAAGCGCUUUGAGCGGUUGUGUCAAUAACCCUCAAAAUGAUGAAAAUCAGCAGCUAUGUGCAAUGACAUUCCCAACUGCUGUUGCCCUUCUUAACCAGACAAAGGAUCCAACGAUCAUUCGGCAAACAUCCUCAUACCUGUCAUUAAGUGUUGCAAACAGUGUGUGUAACCAGGUCAGGUUUGGUAUCAUUGGUGGCAUUGAGGUCCUGGUUAGUCUUCUGAAAGGUGUCAUUGUGAAUCUCUUGACGAAUCCACAUCAUGACUAUGUGUUGGCUGCAUUACAGUUAGCAAACCUGUUCGUCUCGUGCAUCACGGGCUGUGAGCAAAACCACGCAAGACUUGUGAACCUUAAUGUCAUACCGCUAUUGCUUCAGCUUUUGGGGAUGAGUGUCAUAGAUACGGAGUACAAGGUGAACAUCAUUCUAACCUUGGGUCGCCUCACAGAAAAAUGCGAAAGGAGCCAGAGGCAGUUGUUGGAGAAUGAAGGCCUGGGCUUACUCAUUCAGAUUAUGAGUAAAAACAAGGACGAAGAGUUUAACAAGGCGGCUAUGUAUCUCCUCAGUUCCUGUGCAGACAUUGUUUCGCGUUUGGAAGAGGAGUGCCAGACCAAAAGAUCUGAAGUGUUGACAUCAAUGAAAAAGAAGACUGAGAAGAGAAAUAUUGUGAGACUUAGUAGAAGUAUGCUGGAGGAGGCAGUGGUCAGCAAAAAGAUUAACGGGCCUACACAGACAAAUAGAGACGGGAUCUGCGGAGUUCAAAUUCUUGAUCAGGAAAAGACUUGUACAUCUGUUGAUGUAGUUCACACAGCUAAAGUGAAGACAACAAAUUCCAAGAAGCUCAGACCAUCCUCCCACUCCCAGGUUUCAAAUGCAGAGUCUUUCAGAGAGAUAGGAGUGCAGCAGCUUCAAGAGGACCCUGUACCCGAUGAGAUGCCCUCCGAACAGUGCGGUUCUGUUAGCAACCAAGUUUCGUGUUUGGAAGAGGAGUGCCAUACCGAAAGAUCUAAAGUGUUGACCCCAAAGAAAAAGAAGACCGAAAAAAGAAAUAAUGUGAGACUAAGCCAACAUAUGUUGGGGGAGGCUGUGUUCAGCGAAAAGAAUAACGGGCCAACAUGGACAAAAAAAGACCGGAUCUGCGGAGUUCAAAUUCUUGAACAGAAAAAGACUUGUACAUCUGUUGAUGUAGUUCACACAGCUAAAGUGAAGACAACGAACUCCAAGAAGCUCAGACCAUCCUCCCACUCCCAGGUUUCAAAUGCAGAGUCUUUCAGAGAGUUAGGAGUGCAGCAGCUUCAAGAGGACCCUGUACCUGAUGAGAUGCCCUCCGAACAGUGCGGUUCUGUCAGCAACCAAGGUAAAAGGUCUGCAAAUUGUUCAGUGAUUCUCAACCCCUUACCAGAAUGCCCAGGCUGUGCCCCGCCUGUCAACGGACCAUUGUUGCACAGUCAGAACUACAUAUACACUCUUGAGAAGAGUAUACACACAUGCUUUGAACAUCAAGACCUCCAGAGAAGGAUACAAAAAGAAGUACAACGAGGACGGUUGAUUCAGAAACACAGUUUAGAUUCCUCCCCUGAAAGUAAGGCAAACACCUCUGCAGAUACAACUUCUACGUGCACUUCCUUGUCAAGAAGAGUUCGUACUGCUUCAAGAACUAAACGAUGCCCACAUGCCACCACCCCUACUUUACACAAGAGCUUAGAAAGGCGAUGCAAGCAAGAAGCUCCAAAAUGGUCAUCACCCUCAUCAUCCACAUGUACUCCAACAAGACGAAAGCGUCAAAACUUCACAGAAGAGGAAGUUAUGAAUCUCAAGCAUGGUGUUGCCAAGAAAGGCAAGAAUUGGAACAGCAUUCUCUGGAGCUACGAGUUUCUACCAGGACGGACCUGUGUGGACCUUAAAGACAAGUACAGAAAGAUGCAGGCUAGUACGAAUUCUGUUGGAGUAAGCAGACCGAGCAAGAAGACUCCAUCACCUUCAGGCAAAAAAGGGAAGCAGAGCAUUGACUCUACAUGGCGUCGUUGAGAUCCCUUCAGAGUUACCAAAGGAUAGCAACGCAUAUUUUUAAACAGGCCACAGGCCCGAGGCCAUUUAUUUUAGCAUUCGGAUUAAAUUCAGUAAACUUGUGACCGAACAAUGUUUGAGAUUUUUUUUCCCCUUUUUUUUCUCCUCGUUUGAAUGAUAGUACCUCACUGUGUAUGUAAAACAACAUGCAUGAUGUUCAAGUUUUGACUUGGAGGAAGUCUUUUAAAUAUUUUUUUUCCAUUCAAUUGAGUAUCUAAAGGAAAACAGUUAGAUAUUGAGCUUUGUAGAAAGGUGUGACUCAUUAUGACUCUGGUCUUGUUAAAUAUAUUCUACACCAGUGAACUUUAUGAGCUCCAAGCCCUGCAAUCUUCUGGAAAUUUACAUGCCGUAAUUGCAUGCGGAUAAGACGCGACUUAUCCGACUCUCAAAGGUAAUCUGACUCUCAAAGGUAAACAAAAAUCACUGCAUCUUGUCUCUCGAAACCCCUGGUCUGAUAAAGAUUGAGUUCAUUUAUACUAAGGGAAUAAAAGGGUAGUGAUGAGUUCUUAAACAGCAGCGCGGCCAACUCACCGACAGCGUAAAAAACCCUGGUUAUGAACAGUUCAGGCUGGUUAUUAUCAACCGUUUAAACACCCCCACGUGAUGCAUUCUCCACCAAUAGGAAUAGCAAAACUGUCUGAGGUAUUUAUGAAUGUAAAAUAAUACCUUUAUUUCUUCCAGGAUAAUUAAGCUUUG